AUGAGAGUCACUUAUAUACUAUGGCAAAAUUGAGUGAGUUCGUUUUGUGGGUCCUUUUUUCUUUCUUGUGGAUAACAACUAGGGCUUGCUCACAGCCUCAACAACCCCAAGUGCCAUGUCUUUUUAUCUUUGGGGACUCGUUAGUCGAUAAUGGUAACAACAACGGCAUACUCACUCUUGCCCGGGCCAACUACGGGCCUUAUGGCAUUGACUUCCCGGAAGGUGCCACUGGCCGCUUUACCAAUGGCCGAACUUAUAUCGAUAUUCUAGCUCAACUUCUAGGGUUUCCAGCCUACAUUCCACCAUUUGCAAGAACCCGUGGUCGAGCAUUACUCCGCGGAACAAAUUAUGCAUCGGGAGCAGCUGGAAUCAGGGACGAAACUGGAAAUAACUUGGGGGAUCACGUGUCAAUGAAUCAGCAGGUUGAAAGCUAUGUAAGAACAGUCCAAGAGUUGAGUAGAUAUUUCAGAGGAGAUUUGAAUGCAUUGGGAACUUAUCUCAGCAAAUGCAUAUUUUACUCAGGAAUGGGAAGCAAUGACUAUCUCAACAAUUACUUCAUGACUGAUUUCUAUUCAUCUUCUUCACAAUUUACCCCAAAAGCUUAUGCUGAUGCUCUUCUUCAAGAUUAUUCAAGACAAUUAUCGAACUUACACAAGUGGGGAGCUCGCAAGGUGGUAGUGACCGGGGUAGGCCAGAUCGGGUGCAUACCAUAUGAGCUAGCUCGAUAUAAUGGCAACGGUAGCAGAUGCAAUGAAGAGAUUAACAAUGCCAUUGUCCUUUUCAAUACAGGCCUCAAGAAAUUAGUGGAUCGAUUCAACAAGGGUCAGCUGCCCGGAGCAAAGUUUGUUUAUCUUGAUUCCUAUGAAAGUAGCAAAGACCUAGUGCUCAAUGCAAAAACUUACGGAUUUCAAGAGGUGGAGAAAGGAUGUUGUGGAGUAGGGAAAAACAAUGGACAAAUAACAUGUCUUCCUCUUCAAACACCAUGUGAAGAUCGAAGCAAGUACCUGUUCUGGGAUGCAUUUCACCCAUCUGAAGUUGCAAAUAUAUUGCUUGCCAAGAAAUCAUAUAGUUCAAAAUCUAAGUCAUAUGCUUAUCCCAUUAAUAUACACCAAUUAGCCAUGCUCUAAUCCCUUCUAAUGAUGAAUAAUUAUAAGUUAAAAUGCCACAAAGAAUUGCUUACUUUCGAUCAUUAAGUUGUGCGAAUUAAGGUUGUCUGUUCAGUUUUGUUUCAGUCAUUUUUUCUUGUUAAGAUUAAUUCUAAUGAAAUCAAAGUAAUUAUCUA